AUGCAACAUAAUACAGCUGCUGUAGAAGAAGAAAAACACUCACCUUCGGCCAAAAAAUUGCUGAAUCAUUGGUUAAGAUUCAGUUCAGGACAUGAGUUCAAGAAUGCAUAUGUAAACAUGAAAUGGAUGGGGACAGGGAGAUCCAUUGGUUCACCUAAAACGAACAUAACACUUAAUAGUGAGUUUGAUGGGAUACUGUUGGACUACUCGGCCUGCAACAGUAGUGGGCAAACCAUUGGGUAUGGCAACCGGGGACAUGUGACUUUGGCCGGGAUCAAUUACCUCAUAACCUCUAUAGCUGUAGCCACAGAAAUGCAAUCAGAAGUUAAUAAUAACAACUAUGCAAUGUGUAAAAUGACGAUACACGUCCAACAUAAAUUAGAGGGCACCAGUACCCAACAUCACUUGAAGAACUAA